GCCGUGUCUCCGCAGUGACGUGGGCGGGCCGAGGGCCGGGUGACGUCAGAGGCUGUGUGUAGCGAUGUGUGUGGGGUUCGGAGCGGCGCCGACACAGCGAAGGCGGCGGGCGAGCGGCGGCGACGGCGGGCACAGGUCAAUUAAAAGAAGAGUGAACUGUAAUCCUUGAAAAACCGGGCAGGGUUUUUUUUUUUUAAGUAUAUAUUUUUUUUAAUUGUAGAAGUUCAGGUGGAGUCAGGCCGUUACUGGUGUAGAGGUUUAUUAGACAAGUCUUCAGUUUGUUACCACAGAGCAGUGGACCACCAUUUUCAGUGAAGUUAUCCCCCCCUUUCUUUUUUGAUGUCCUUGGCAAAAAUGAAAUCCGUUGCAUCAUUGCAACUCAUGUUUGGGUGUAGUUUUAGGAUAUAGUAAUGGCAGAACUUUUGCACAUGCUUUCCUUCGAAGACAAAACACCGAACUUCAGGCAAAUUGAAUUGAGAAAUUAGCCUUAUUUUAACACAAAUAUCCGAAGAAAUCAAGAAAACAAGAUUUUUCUCAGAAGUCUGCUUAUGAUUUAUUAGAAGCAAAUCAGAAAUUUUGUAGUAUUUUCUGUUGUAUCCUAAGGUAUAACUAAACCAAAACCAAUUUGCACAAGUUUAUUGAGCAAGAAAUUCAUCUUUGGAAACUAAACAUUUUCUAGGGAGUCAUAAUUUUUGUAUACAUUAUCCUUUUCAAAUUAGCAACUGUGUACAACAUGCCAAUUGCAGACUUAAUUAUUUAAAACACCAGUGUCAUCAUGGAAAACCUACAGUCUAGUUUCUCCUUAGUUCCGGGUUCAAAUAAAAAACUGAAUGGAAUGGAUGAUGAUGGCAGCCCUCCCGCGAAAAAAAUGAUGACAGACAUUCAUGCCAAUGGAAAAACGCUAACCAAGGUGAAGAAGGAGCAUUUGGAUGACUAUGGAGAUGCAUUGGUGGAGGUCGAUGGAGAGCUGGCCAAGCGAAACUGUACUUCCAUGCCUGAAACUUUAAAUUUAAACCCCAGUCUGAAACACACACUAGCACAGUUCCAUUUGAGUAGUCAGAGCUCUUUGGGUGGACCAGCAGCAUUUUCCGCUCGCUAUUCCCAAGAAAGCAUGUCUCCGACUGUGUUCCUGCCUCUUCCAUCUCCUCAGGUUCUUCCUGGCCCUCUUCUCAUCCCUUCUGAUAGCUCCACAGAGCUCACUCAGACUGUUUUGGAAGGGGAGUCUAUUUCUUGUUUUCAAGUUGGAGGAGAAAAGAGACUCUGUUUGCCCCAAGUCUUAAAUUCUGUUCUCCGGGAAUUUUCACUCCAGCAAAUAAACACAGUGUGUGAUGAGCUAUACAUAUAUUGUUCACGUUGUACUUCAGACCAGCUUCACAUCUUAAAAGUCCUAGGAAUCCUUCCCUUCAACGCCCCGUCCUGUGGGCUGAUCACCUUGACUGAUGCGCAAAGACUCUGCAACGCCUUACUGCGGCCUCGAACCUUUCCUCAAAAUGGUAGUAUACUUCCUGCUAAAAGCUCUUUGGCCCAGUUAAAGGAAGCUGGCAGUGCCUUUGAAGUAGAACACGAAUGCCUGGGCAAAUGUCAGGGUCUCUUUGCACCCCAGUUCUAUGUUCAGCCUGAUGCUCCCUGUAUCCAGUGUCUGGAGUGCUGUGGAAUGUUCGCACCCCAGACGUUUGUCAUGCAUUCUCACCGGUCACCUGACAAGAGAACUUGCCACUGGGGCUUCGAGUCAGCCAAGUGGCACUGUUACCUUCAUGUGAACCAAAAAUAUCUAGGAACACCCGAAGAAAAAAAACUGAAGAUAAUUUUAGAAGAAAUGAAGGAGAAGUUUAGCAUGAGAAAUGGAAAGAGAACACAAACAAAGACAGAUACACCGUCCGGAAUGGAAUUGCCAUCCUGGUAUCCUGUUAUAAAACAGGAAGGUGACCAUGUUUCUCAGACGUUUUUACACCCCAGCUACUACUUGUACAUGUGUGAUAAAGUGGUUGCACCAAAUGUGUCACUCACAUCUGCCUCCCAAUCUAAAGAGGUCACCAAGACAGAGACAAGUAAGUUCAUCUCCAAACAGGCAGAAAAGCCUCAUGGUAGUAGUAAACAUCAAAAAACAGUGUCUUACCCAGACGUCUCACUUGAGGAACAGGAGAAAAUGGAUUUAAAAACAAGUAGAGAAUUAUACAGUCAUUUAGAUCCAUUGAUCUCAAAUAAUUCUGUGAGUAAAAAGAAAUCUGAGUCUGCUGUUUGCAACUUAGUGAGAGACAUAAGCAAGCUUGAUGCUGAAGCUUCGUCUCCGUUUCUGGUCAGAGAUGUUACUUGUGAGGACGACAAGGGAAAGAUUAUGGAAGAAGUGAUGAGAACCUAUGUAAAACAGCAGGAGAAGCUGAAUUCAAUUCUGCAGAAGAAGCAACAGCUUCAGAUGGAAGUGGAGAUGCUGAGCAGCUCUAAGGCGAUGAAGGAGCUCACUGAAGAGCAGCAGAAUCUACAGAAGGAGCUUGAAUCUUUGCAGAAUGAACAUGCUCAGAGGAUGGAGGAAUUUUAUAUUGAACAGAGAGACUUGGAGAAGAAGUUGGAGCAGGUGAUGAAGCAGAAAUGCACCUGUGACUCAAACUUAGAGAAGGAUAAAGAAGCCGAGUACGCAGCACAGUUGGCAGAACUGAGGCAGAGACUGGACCAUGCUGAGGCGGACAGGCAAGAACUCCAAGAUGAACUCAGACAAGAGCGGGAGGCGAGACAGAAGUUAGAGAUGAUGAUAAAGGAACUGAAGUUGCAGAUUGUGAAAUCGUCAAAGACCACCAAGGAAUAGAAAAGAUGCGUCUGUAUUUGGUUGACAGGGAUUUAUGUUUGUUGCUUGCUUUGGAAAUUAAAUUUUAUCAUCUUAUAUGAAUGAAGAUAACUAGACAUUCAGUUCAUUUGUACGGCAGCAAAGUUCAAAGAUUAUAUAUUAGUACAUCAAUUUUUCCAUUUUCCAUAUGAAUGAACAUGUUUGCUUCUUUGUACAUUUUUCAGUCAGCUUGGUAAUGCUAACCUGUGUGAUGUCAAUCUGUGGACAGUCUACCUGUAUUUCUGAGGCAAGCCCAACAGUUACAUACUUUUCACAUCUGCAUUAUGUGGUGGAAAAGAGCAAUGUCAGUUUUGUAUGCUUAUUUCAGUCUCGAGUUUAGAUACAGGGUAAUGUUUAUUAUACGGAGCCAGUCAACUCUGUAUCUUCCUUCUCAUUACAGAAUAUCUUAUUCUUAUUACAGAAUCUCCUCUUUUUAGUUUUUCAAGAUACGGUUUCUCUGUGUAGCCCUGGCUGUCCUGGAACUCACUCUGUAGACCAGACUGGCUUCGAGCUCAGAGAUCCAGCUGCCUCUGCCUCUUGAGUGCUGAGAUCUCUUCAUUUUUAUAUACCAAUUUAUGAUUAUUUUGUUCAGGUUGUGGAAUGAAGUUCCUCCUAAGAGGAAUCUUACUGAUGGAAUGAUAGUACCACCGCACGUACACAGAUGGAAUGGUAGUACCACCCCAGUGUACAUGUGUGGGGGAGCAUGCUUUGCUGUACCCUCAUGCUGCACACAAAAGCAGUUGUAAUUUGUCUUUCGGUGUAAGAGUGGCUAUAUCUAGUUAUGUGUGUAUGACUUAAGAAAAUUAAAAUUAUUUCUUAACUUUUAUUGUUAAUAGUGUGAGAAUACUCAUCUUCAUGAGGAAAAUGGAUCCCACUGAUGUACAUUGGUUCCUCUUGUACAGUUUUUAUAUGUAGUCUUAUAAAGGGUCUUACUGAAAUUUAUAUAAUGGAUUUUUUCUUUUAAAUUAUAAAAUAUUAAAUAUCUUGAAGGUUAUUUUUGACUUUUGUAUGUUUAAAUGUUACCUUAAAACUUGCACGAAUGGACCAUUAUGACUCUUUAAUCUUAAAAUCAGGAAUUUACAGUCAGCUAAUAAUAUCUGAUAGCUUAAUAAUCCACCAUUGAAGUAUCUGCUACUAGCAGGAAUUUUGGAUGAAUUUUAGAUGACAAAUGAAUUCCAUGAUUUGGGGAAGGGCAGCCUCUGCACUUUGUUUUUAUUUUUUUGCACAUUAAAAGUCUGAUAUUUUUGACCAGCGGCUUUCACAUUAGUUGAUGCUCAGCUUGAAAUUUACUGGGGAGAAUUCUCAGAGCAUUGUGGUUUUCCUUCUUGUUUUGUUUCCCCUUUCAAAUCGCAGGGUUCCUCCUGCCUCUGCCUCUCAAGUGUUGGAUCUACAUGUGUAGGGCCCCCACACCUGGCUCUGUGUGUGUGUGUGGGGGGGGGGGAGUGGUUUUAGGGAGGUUUCCUGAAAGCAGCAUUGGCAUCAUCACCUCAGUUUUGUGUGUCCCAAGCUGUCUCAUGUUACUACAUGAAGGGACUUGGUGUCUGUGCUUAGGAAUAACUUAGAGUUAAGGCUGUCACUGCUCUUUUGUUUCUUCAUACAUGUUUCUUGAUACAUAUAAAAGCAACUUUUCCACUUUCCAAAAGGGAGUUUGCUUUCUAAAUGUAUUUUGACUGAAAUGUGGAUUUACUCCUCUGUUAGCUUUAUAAUUUAAUGUGUUGACUUUUGUAACCUCCUUGAGGAGAAACAGAUGUUAAAUUGCACAGGGACCAUAUAUGUCAUUUUAUUUAGAUCUGGGGAAAGAAAAAUCACAGACAUUUGUAAGAUAGCUUUAGCUUAGUUGUCAUUUAUAGCGCAGCUGGGCUAUGUGGGAGGCAAACUUACACCAUUUAUAUUUCUGAUUACUCAAAACUCUUCUACUUACGUGCUACUAGAGCAUAUGUAAGUUUUCUAGUCUUUCAAUGAGACUUGGCCUCAUGACAUUGUUUAGCAUAGCCUUUACUUUCCAGAAGAUGAAAGGAUGUGCCAUAGUUUUUUUGUCUGAACUUCCUUAAAAAUAAUUUUUAAUCAGCUGUAAAUAUUAUACCUAGUACUGUUGAAAGUAACUUUAAGUUACAUUGCACCAUAUAGCUUGAAAACAAAAUUGAAACUCUGUAAUACUCCCAAAGUGACCUCUGCUUAAAUUUCCAUAGGAGACUUAUUUUAUGCAUGCUCAUUUUGUGUGCUGGUUGCUAUCUUAAAGUUUGUUUUGGUGUUCGGUCUUGUGCAUUGUGUCAAGCUUACUAGGCAAGCAGAUACUUCCUCAGACUCCAUGUUCUGUUAGGAAGAAAGGAGACCAUUUACUCUGAAAACCUGGGUUUAGGAGUGUGCUGCAGAGUUUCUCGAGUGCAGGAAAGAUGGUGAGUGAUGCUUGCUGUGGUGGUGAUGGUUUCUCUCUGGUCCAAGUGUGGGAGCUCCUGCUGCCCUCAAGGAGACUCAAACCACCUGCCAAUCACAACCAGGACUUUUGAACAAAAGAUUUGACCAACAACUUAGGUUUGGCUUUGGCUUUAAUAUUUUUGAAAUAUAUUCUUUUGCUUGAAUUUCUUGUGUUUUUGAGGAUAAGGAUGUUAUAUGCUUCUUGAGCUAAUUUUAUAACAAUAUAUAAACCUGUUUAUAUGUAAACUCUUUUGUACAGGGGUGGAAAGGAGUAAUGGGAAAACUCAUUUGUACAUAGUGAAUUAUAAAGCAGACUGGAGUAGGGGAAACGGUGAGUAUCACUUGGUUCACAGGCCCCUGUGUUCUUUGAAAGUCACAUCAGAACAGCCAGUUUCUCUGUGUGUCUGUGGCUUGUUUGCAAAAUGAAAAGGAAACACAAGUAGUAAGAAACGCGCCCAAGGUAUUUCCCUAGGAACAGCUGCAAAGCUGGUCCUGCAGGGCUCGGAUCCACUUCUAGAAGGUGUGCUCAAUAUGUUAUGCUUUGAGUGGGUCGGCAAGAACGUUAGUUUCUGUUUAUCUGUUGUGCAUUUAAUCCUUAGGUCAGGGCAUUCCAAACUGAUGACAAAUUGUGUUCAUCAUGUACAUCUGCUCCUGCUCUUGGACCUACUUGUUAACGGUUUCAUGGAAGCAAUCAGCAAUAUGUGAUAUGAACUGCUUGUUAUAUACUAUCCUUGUGGAACUGAGAUAUUUAAAUAGAACUUAGUUUUUUCUUUUUCUAGUGUAAGAUACUUAAGCAUUUCCACUAUUGGAAGAAAAACAUAUGGGUAUUUUGUAUUGCAUCUUGUUUGAAAGGACAGUCUUUUUUAAUCUUCCCACUUAAAUGGCUUUUAAAAAUUACAUACAAUUUGAAGCUUGUUUAGAAAUAGAAUUAAAUGUCAUAUAUAGUGUUAACUGUUUUGAAAUUAGGAAGUAAUCAAAUAUAAAACAUUUUAAAAAAUUAAGCCCAGAAAACAAAAUAGUGUUUAGUUUAGUAUAAAAGGAAUUUAUAAGAUUUUUUUCUUCAAUAUAGAUACCUCACUUGAAAAAAAAGAAAGCACAGCACGUUUAGUUCUCAUGAAAACACCCUACUAAAAUAAUUCUAAACCUAGGACAUGGUUUGAGUUGUUAGAGUUUAUGAUAAAUGUAGUUGCCAUUAGCUUUUUGCUGGAAAUACUUACAUUGGUAAUUUUAAGGCAAUGUAACAGUCUUCAAUUACUCCUCAGUUUUAACCUGUGAAGGCAGUAAGUGAAUGGCCCCUUCUGCAACUACUGAAGCAAAUCGACUAUAUUGAGCUGGUAAUUUUGCCAGUGUGUAUAGUUUUAUGAUUAAAAUUGCCGUGGUUGGUUGCAUUACAUGACACACAAAACUGUCCUCUACCUCACGUGAAAUAAAUAUUUUAUAUGGUUUUACUAAAAAAAAUAAGAUUCAUCUAUCUGGUUACUUAGUUUACAAAUUUUGGAUUAUAUUUAUUGAAACAUGACAUACUGUGCUCUUAGCUUAUACCUCAAUUGUAUUUUGUGCUGUUUUCCAUUUUCAUGCCUUGUAUAUAACUUGUAUAGAUGGUGGAUGAUAUUCCCAAUAAAAGCUUUUAAUGCCCAUGA